AUGUCUGGUUUCAAUCCCUUUCGUCCCCGGAAUCUCGAAAGCAAUUCCACAGCUUCUUCAGCAUCGACAUCCCAGUCAAACUAUGUGUCCGAGUUGCCCGCUACUCAAGUGCCCAACGGCCUUCCCAGAAAGUCAUCCUUAUCGCUCGAGGUAGACGACUCGACCUCCUCCGAUGAGCAAAAUGAGGAUCCCUUCAACCCCGACUCGUCGGUCAGUGAUAACGAUAAUGAUGAUGACAUCCAAAGAAGCCACAAGCAAUCGACGUCUUGGGUUGCGGAUCAGCGGGAGCCAGUUGGGUCUGCUCCACACCCAGCUCCAUCCACGGAUGGAUCUCCAUCGCCGACGGUGCCAUUCACAUCGGCCGACCAUACAUUGCAGUCGGGUACUCAACCAUUUUCAGAGGAGACCAGCCGGACAAGUCCUCCCAGUCGUGUUGGCAGGGAGAGAAAACCACCGCCGCCACCCCAAAGCCAUCAUGGGAAGCGUAUUAACUCGACGGCCUCUGCGGCCUCCUCAUCUUCUCAGACCUCUAACCGCCGGUCAUUACAUCCCUCUUCCCCGGAAAGCUUGAGCUCGCGAACGCCAACUGCCGCCCAUUCCAGUUCUGCUUUUCAGGCUGCGGAUUACUUUGCAGUCCCUUCAGAAAGCCAGAGUGUAACAGACUCGCCCGUGUCUCUCCAGCGCAGCCAUUCCCAGCACAAGCGCCCACCGACACCACCUCUCAGUCGGCGCCAGAGCCAGAUGCGGAGGUCCAAGUCUACUCAGUCCAAAUCCAGUGUCAGUCGGCUCACUAUGUCCUCGGGUGACUCAGAAAGCAAUACAAGCUCUCGGCCCCCGAGCCCGGGCCCAUCCAGCAGCAAGAGAAUCAGCAUGCCUCCCCCUGCCUCAGGGGAUUUCCACACUGCUGUUCCCUCGGUAGGGGUGGCGCCUGAUUCCUCGAUUCCUCCUCAAUCAAGACCGUCGUCUCUACAACCUGGGAGGCGCGCAUCGUCGCAUGGCAGUCUACCGACUGGCUCGGCACCCCCGCCCCCGCCCCCUCGCCGGGUACGUGAUGCUGGAACCCGUAGCAGUGAUGGCGGGCCAUCACAGAGGGCUACGGAAGCAGACCCACUCCCGCAGCCGUCUAAUGCUCAUGAUAUCUUGGCCGAUCUCUCGAGGUUACAGAAAGAGGUGGAUGAUCUCCGUGGACAAUACGAAAACCGCAAGAUCAGUCAGUGA